AUGAAAGCAUCACUUUUUUUACUUUUUCAAGGUAUUCUGCUGUAUGAUGCUUUGGGAUGGGAAGUGAGAAUGCCGAAAGACAUCAAUGGCCUCAAAGGUUCUUGUCUGGUCAUACCAUGUUCUUUCAGCUACACAUCAUACCCACCCCAAAAACCACGUAGAGUUGUGUGGUAUCAGUGGGUCUCUAAAGGUUAUCCUUUAGUUUAUGAUCCAAGGUAUCCAGAUUAUGUCAUUGAGAAGUUCAGAGAGAAAACUGAUUUAUAUGGUGACCCAUUAAGUAGGGAUUGCAGUCUGUUAAUUAAAAACCUGGAACAGUCCCACCAUGGAGAGAAAUUAUAUGCAUGGAUUGACCCUGAAAAUGUUGGAUGGCGCACCUACAAAUUUUAUGAUGUCACCUCUACAAUUCAAGUUGACGCAAGUCCACAGCUGCCCAGCAUCAGUAUUUCUGGAGGUGAAAGGACGGGUGACGCCAUCACAGUAGAAUGUUCAACUUUCCACACGUGUCCAUACAGCAAACCAACCAUCACUCUGAACGGUAUAGAAGGAUCUGACAAAAUAGUCAAUGACUCCAUUAAAGAUGGCCCGUGGAAAAUCACUCUGACACGCACAGGUGUUGUAAAGGCAGAAAACUCAACUAUUAAGUGUUCAGUAACACAUUAUGGUGGCAUAACAGUGACAGAUACAAAAAACACAAGUGCACAAUGUGUUCAUCAUAACAUAACGAUUGAGCCUGAACUGGCAGAUGUCACAGAGGGCGUCGCAAAGAACUUCAUUUGUAGCGUCUACCAUUCCUGCCAGAAAGAGAAUCCAAACAUCACAUGGAACUAUGAGAACAUGCAGGUCACAGAGUGGAGCAAAACACUUUCUGGUUUAAAUUGGGUCAUCUACUCUAACAUAACCUUUCUGGGUGCAAAAGUAGAUCAUGAGAAGAAAUUGAUAUGUACUGCAAAAUUUUCUGGAAGAGACAUUAUGGCAUCUGUUGUCUUAAAUGUGCAAUACCCAGUGCUCAUUGGACUGGAGACUAUUGGUCUUUAUAUCCUAACGCCAUCACUUGUGUUCCUUCUGGUUUGUAUACUUGCUGGAGUCAUCAUAUAUAAGAAGCGACAAAGGUCAAAAGAUGCAAUGUCAGGAAACGAGGCAUUCUCCAAACCUUAUAUGCCGUCACCAAAGAGUGAUCCAAAAUCCCGCUCUGGUUAUGAUUAUGAAGCUGAAUACACCAACAUGGACGAACUCAACAUGUAUGGAAAUAUCUGAUGAAAACAACAUCAAAGCAAA